GACAAAACCUUUCUCCGUGGUAUCCAACGGACUAAUGAAGAAGGCUACGUGAUGUUUGAGACCAUCUUUCCAUUGAAACCUCUAUCAACGACAAACCACUACACCAGUUGCACCAAUCACAUCCAUGUCAUCGCGCACGGCGAUGGAAGUGUCUCAGAAAACGGCACUUUCAAAGCUUCCAGCGAUCGUCACCUCUUCUUUGAUCAAUCCUUAAUCUCUAUCGUCGACGCAACAUCCCCUUACAUCACCAACAGCAGCUGA